UUCAGGCAUCGACAUGAAGUGUGUGCUAGUAGUCUUGCUGAUGGUGACGGGUGCUGUUCCAUGUGCAGGCACGGGAGAGUUCAAUCAUAUGUUCUACGUAUUAUAUCUGAAGUCUAGUUACCAGCCCUGUGUGGGGACUCUGAUUGCCCCUCAGUGGGUCAUAACAGCUGCACACUGCUUCUUACCAGAUCUUCAGGUUAUCUUUCAUGGUGGUUAUCGAAGUUUCCAAGACACUACUGGGGAGAUGAUACCUUAUAAGAAGAUCUUCAUUCACCCAAACUUCACUGUUACAUCUCCAAAAAGUGACCUGAUGCUGAUAAAGUUGUCUGUGCCUCUCACCUUCUUCUCCAAUGACACUUUGCAUUUACCUGCUCUCCUGAAUGAUGAGGUUAAAGAUUGCAUGAUUCACACCUGGUUACAGACUACAGAUUUUUUUGGAAAUACAGUCAGCACCCCAUACAGCAUGCGAACUCAACUGAAUCCUCAUUUAAACUGCAGAAGAUUACUGGAUGGAAAAUUCCUUCCAGACAUGUUCUGUAUGGGAAACACACUAGGCAGCAGGGAUCCAUGCCAGGUGGUCGCCGCUGCACCUGCCAUAUGUGGCAGUGAAUUACAAGGAGUUAUGUCCUGGGCAACAGGAUGUAUUCUGACAGGACACACCAUGGUCUUCACUGACCUCCACAGCUACAGUCCGUGGAUCAAGAACAUCAUUUCCACAAAAUAA